AUGGCUCAGGUCUACCAGAAAAGCCACUAUGACUAUGACGGCAUGCAGCGGUCAGAGAGACGACCCUCGCGUGGUCCUCUUCACACUGUUGAUCGAGGCGUUCCGUAUGUAGCCUACUCGACCAGACCUGAUCCUCGCAAUGAGUCGAGGACUUAUGUCCUUCCAACUCCGAUCCAUGACAUAGGUGAAGACAGCGAUUCAGGAUCGGCUAGGAAACGUACCUCCAUGGCUGUAGGCACAAGCCAAACUUUCGACCUUGAUACAUCCGUCGGAGGACCUUCUCCUCUGGCUCCGAUCUCACCGUACAGCCCUGUAACGCCCAACGGUACAGGCUAUCCUGCAUAUCCGACAGAUGACAGGUCUUCAUCAGUGCCUGGAUAUGGUAGAUCUGGAUAUCCUCAAACAUCCCUCCCCGCUUACAGCUAUGAAAUGGAUACUCCGGCAUACGCAGUCAGCGACGAUUCUCGAUCAUGGACAACAGGGAGUCGCUCUAGUACAGGAGUGGGCUAUUUCCAGCAAGAGAGCCCUGCAACUUACGACUACUCGACCCCAAUAUCCAGGAUCUCUAGCGAUUCAAGCGAACCUCUUUCUCCUCUGAACAUGAGUACUUUGCAGCAUUCGCUCCCUUUGCCUCUUGAGCGUCGUCUGCCUGCUCCCAACUUCGUCGGCACUCCAGUCACUUCUGACAAUGACGUCCGCAGCCCCAUCAGUGCUCGCCUUGCAAGUUUGAGCAUCAGUGGACCGUACAGUAGAAGCAACAGUGCCUCUUGGCCUACGGACGGCAUCGAGCGCCGCCAACCAUCAAUUCACGAUCUUGCCGAGGCAAGCAUGAUGUUGCCGCCGGUCACACGUGGGCUACAUGCAACUGCUGCAACUCUGCCGGCUCUCAGUCAUGAUAGUGCUCCCAUGCCCACCGCCAUGUUUGUGUCCUCUGGAAGUGACGGUCUGAUCCAAGCUUCCACCAGUACCACGCAACCUACCUACUACUCUGCUACUACCUCUGCACUUCCGUCCUUGACCACAGGAAUGCUGCCCCCUACCAAUUACGCCCGCUACACGGCCAUCAACAACAGCAACUCUUCUCUGCCAGUCAUCAACACGAGCGAUCGCACAGACACCACCUCCUACUACGGCUGGACACCCACAAAUACCAGCAGCACCGAAGUUCUGCCUGUAAUCAAUACCGUAGAGAUCACUCCUCAAUCCAAUGCUGGUGCCGAGCGCAGGAACAGCUCUUCGCAGCUCUCGACCGGUUAUCCGACUCUGCAUCACCCGAGGCCAAAGAUCAUUCCAUCCACACCUCAUGCCACCACGCUUGAGAAACACGAUCGCGUGCAGCAAAAAGACGCGAAGAGCCAAAGACCUUCCUCUGCUUCCAGUCAACACAAGUCUUCCUCGGGCUCUUCGAGUGCAAGUUCUACCAAGAAGAACAACCACAGGCCUAACAAGGGCAGUCUCUGA